AUGGGUUCCACACCAUUCACCCUCAAGUGGGGCAUUCUGGCAACCGGAGGCAUAGCAAAAACAUUCACCAAAGACCUCCUUGUUAACCCCUCAACACGCAACACCUCGGAUAUCUACCACUCCGUCGUAGCCGCCGCUUCAUCAUCCUCUGUAUCACGUGCCCAAUCUUUCCUCAAAGAAGUCGGCGCACCAACAACCGCAAAAGCCUACGGCCACUACAAAGACCUAGUUUCAGAUCCCGAUGUCGACAUUGUCUACGUCGCGACACCACAUUCCCACCACUACCAGAACGCGCGAAUGUGCCUGGAGGCCGGUAAGCAUGUGCUGUGUGAAAAAUCAUUUACAGUGAAUACAGAGCAGGCUAAGAUUCUUGUCGAUCUUGCGAGGGAGAAGCAGCUGUUUCUGAUGGAGGCGGUGUGGACGCGGUUUUUCCCUCUGGCAAAGGAGAUCAGGGGGAUUGUGAAAAGCGGGGUGGUUGGCGAGGUUAAGAGGGUUUUUGCGGAUUUGAGCUUUUGGAAUGAUGUUGAGAGGGAGUUUGGGCCGGAGCAUCGGAUGGUGAAUAUGGAUUUAGCGGGGGGUGCGUUGCUGGAUUUGGGGAUAUACUCCCUAACCUGGGUCUUCCAGAUCCUAUACCAUAUCGUGCCGGAAGCACAGCGAGGGCCGCCGACCGUCGCAUCGUCAAUCACGAAGUACGCUGGCACAGGUUGUGAUGAGAUGGUUUCCAUGAUUCUUAGCUUCCCGCCUAAUAGCGCACAUGGAAUUGCAACUACAAAUCUCCGCGUCUCCCACAACCCUAACCCCGACCACCCCUCGGACAACCCCAUCCGCAUCCAAGGCACCCUUGGCGAAAUCUCCAUCGCCUUCCCAGCCUACCGUCCCCUGUCUUACAAAAUGAUCCCUGCAUCCUCGCCGUCUCGCGGUACGCCGGCGACCUUCCAGUACCAAGAGGUCAAGCAUGACAUUCCUAGUGGCGGCCAAGGAAUGUUCUGGGAAGCGGAUGAAUGUGCACGAUGUAUAAGGGAUGGGAGGUUGGAGAGUGAGGGGAUGCCCUGGGAAGAGAGUUUAGUUAUUAUGCGGGUUAUGGAUGAAGUGAGGAGGCAGGGGGGAUUGAGGUAUCCUGAGAAGUUGGAGAGUGUGGAGUUUCCUCUGGAGGGGUUUUGA